UCAACACACCUACACACCUGGUUCAAGGCAGGUGGAGGAGAAAACAAGCAGCAGUUCUGCUGUGUGGCGUGAAGCUGGAGCACGCAGCCCGGAACCCGCCACCCCUCCGCUGGACCGGACCGGAGCAGCCAGCACUCUGGACCGAUGUCCUGGCCGAAAUGUCCCGACACAUCUACAUACGGAACAAGAUUGGAGAGGGCAUCCAAGCGCCCAUCUUUCAUGUGAAUCGAGGGACUUAUUCCAGGAGGAGCCGACUCAAGAGGUCUGAUGGCAGCACCACCUCCACCAGUUUCAUCCUCCGACAGAGGCGCUCGUUGGAAUAUCAAACCUCCAUGUAUGACAAUUUGUACCUGCAUGGAUUUGAAGACUCGGAGGCGGGCUCAGCUGAUUCAUACACUAGCAGACCAUCAGACUCAGAUGUCUCUCUGGAGGAGGAGCGGGAGGUGCAGGCCCAGGUCCAGAGCCAGAGCCCAAGCCAGAGCCAAGGACCGGGACAGAGCCGCCAGGAGAGGGAGCAGCAGGCCACCAUUCAACUGGAGAGAGCCAAGACUAAACCUGUGGCGUUUGCUGUGAGGACCAACGUCAGCUAUUGUGGCGCACUGGAUGAGGAUGUUCCAGUACCGGCCACAGCCAUCUCCUUUGACGGCAAGGAUUUCCUCCACAUAAAAGAGAAGUUCAACAAUGACUGGUGGAUCGGUCGGUUAGUGAAGGAGGGCUGUGAGAUCGGCUUCAUCCCCAGCCCUCUGAAGCUCGAGAACAUCAGGCUCCAGCAGGAGCAAAAGAGAGGACGUGUCCAAGGUAAGUCUGGAGGGAACUCUUCUUCCAGUGUAGAGGAUGAGGUUUCUGCCUCUAUCCGGCCCCUAAUAUCCUCGGCAGGAAAGCAGAAACAGAAAGUGACGGAGCACAUCCCCCCGUAUGACGUGGUCCCCUCUAUGAGGCCUGUAGUGCUGGUGGGACCCUCGCUUAAGGGUUACGAGGUUACUGACAUGAUGCAGAAAGCACUGUUCGACUUCCUCAAGCACAGAUUUGAUGGGAGGAUAUCUAUCACACGAGUCACGGCAGAUAUAUCAUUAGCCAAGAGGUCUGUUCUCAACAACCCCAGUAAGAGGGCCAUCAUUGAGAGAUCCAACACUCGCUCCAGCUUAGCUGAGGUGCAAAGUGAAAUCGAGAGGAUCUUUGAGUUGGCCCGCUCCCUGCAGCUGGUGGUGCUGGACGCUGACACCAUCAACCACCCAGCCCAGCUCCUCAAGACCUCCCUGGCCCCCAUAAUAGUUCAUGUUAAAGUCUCCUCGCCAAAGGUCCUGCAGAGGUUAGUCAAGUCCAGAGGGAAGUCCCAGAGCAAACACCUGAACGUCCAGCUUGUGGCAGCUGACAAAUUGGCCCAGUGUCCUCCGGAAAUGUUUGACAUCAUCCUGGACGAGAACCAGCUGGAGGACGCCUGCGAGCAUCUCGCCGAAUACCUCGAGGCCUACUGGAAGGCGACCCACACCUCGAUGGCGACCCCCCUGAACCCCCUGCUGGGACGCAACCUGGGCCCCACCACCCUCACCCCCUACCCCACCAGCAUCUCUGGACUGCAGAGCCAAAGAAUGCGACAGAGCAACCACACGGGAGACCACUCCACCCCGAACGAACGGCGCAACCUGAUGACAUCAGACGAGAACUACCACAACGAGCGGGCGCACAAGGGACGCAACCGCAUGUCUUCUGGCUCACAGCACAGCCGAGAGCAGCAGGACCCCUACCAGGACUACCAGGACCCCUAUCAGGAUGCAUACAAGCCACAUCGCAAUCGCAGUUCACCGGGCAGCUACAGCCAUGACUCCCGGCACCGGCUCUGA